CAAAGGUGUAUCGUAUGGUUCUUUUAAAGUAAUUAAGAACUGGGAAACAAAUAUGGAGUUUUCAUUUUCUCCUUAAAAAUAAUAAUUUAUUGACCAUAAUUUAUUAAUCCUUUAUUUGUUAAUUGGGUAUCAUAAUCUUUGAAAAAAUAAAUAUGAAUAAACAAAAGGAAAAAAUAAAAAAUAAAACAAGACAGAGAUAGAAUAGAGCCAAAAAGUUGACUAGAAACCAAGAGCAGAGGACGGAGCUAUGGAAGUAACAAAUGGCCGGCCUAUAAAAAUGUCCAAUGUCUACAACAUUAGUGUACCAUUACAGGUUAUCUGCAACAAUAUGAGAGUUCAGCUGAAAAAAAUGAAGGGCUUUAGCUAUUCAUCGCUGAAAAUUACAGUACUAAUAUUAGUAUUAGUACAUUUCCCAAAGGCCCACACCAGAGGCAGCCAUGGUGGAGAUGGAGUUCAGCCAUUGUCUAAGAUUGCUAUCCACAGAGCCGUUUUUGAGCUUAAUGAAAACGCUUCUGUCAAGGCACUACCACUUGUUCUUGGCACCAAGGGGGAAGAUUUUCAAUGGGUCGAUGUUAAAUUUGAAUCACCUAAGCCUAGUGAUGAUGAUUGGAUUGCUGUGUUUUCUCCAGCAAAUUUCAACUCUUCUACUUGUCCAGCUACAGACAUUAUGGAAGAAGUUCCAUAUAUAUGUUCGGCUCCAAUUAAGUACAAGUUUGCAAAUGAUUCCAAUGACUAUACCAAGACGGGCAAGGCCACUUUGAAGUUUCGGUUGAUCAAUCAAAGAGAAGAUAUCUCAUUCGCAUUGUUCUCAGGCGGGUUAUCAAAUCCAAAAUUGGUGGCAGUUUCAAAUGUUAUAAGCUUUGCAAAUCCAAAGGUCCCCCUUUAUCCACGUCUUGCACAAGGGAUGUCUUGGAAUGAAAUGUCAGUAACCUGGACAAGUGGCUAUGACAUUAAUGAAGCUGUACCCUUUGUUGAGUGGGGUUUCAAAGGAAGGCCUCAAAUUCAGUCACCAGCAGGAACAUUGACUUUUGGUCGAAACAGCAUGUGUGGCACACCAGCACGGACAUUUGGUUGGCGUGAUCCUGGUUUUAUCCAUACAAGUUUUCUGAUGGAUUUGUGGCCUAACUCUAAGUACUCUUACAAGCUUGGACAUAUGUUACUUAAUGGUACCAUUAUCUGGAGCAAGUCCUACUAUUUUAAAUCACCCCCAUAUCCUGGACAGAACUCAUUACAGCGUGUGGUUAUAUUUGGUGACAUGGGAAAGGCAGAGCAAGAUGGUUCAAAUGAGUAUAGUAACUAUCAACCAGGCGCACUUAACACCACAGAUCAACUCAUCAAGGACUUGGACAACAUAGACAUAGUUUUCCACAUUGGAGAUAUCUCAUAUGCAAAUGGAUACAUCUCACAAUGGGACCAAUUCACAGCUCAAGUAGAGCCUAUUGCAUCAACUUUGCCAUAUAUGAUAGCAAGUGGAAAUCAUGAGCGUGAUGUACCGGGGUCAGGAUCAUUCUACGAUGGCAAUGAUUCAGGCGGUGAAUGCGGCGUGCUAGCUGAGAACAUGUUCCAUGUUCCUGCUGAGAACAGAGCCAAGUUCUGGUACUCAACAAAGUUUGGUAUGUUUCACUUCUGUAUAGCUGAUAGUGAGCAUGACUGGAGAGAAGGUUCAGAACAGUACAAGUUCAUAGAGAAAUGCCUUGCCUCAGCAGACAGGCAAAAACAGCCUUGGUUGAUCUUUGCAGCUCAUCGGGUUUUGGGUUAUUCUUCGUCGUAUUGGAAAGAUGGGUCGUUUGGGGAGCCCAUGGGAAGGGAGAGCUUACAAAAGCUAUGGCAGAAGUACAAGGUGGACAUUGCUUUCUUUGGCCAUAUCCAUAAUUAUGAGAGGACUUGUCCCAUUUACCAGAAUCAAUGUAUGAAGAAAGAAAAAUCACAUUAUUCUGGCACGGUGAAUGGAACAAUUCACGUUGUGGUCGGAGGCGGUGGAAGUCACUUGUCCAAAUUUGGGCCGACGCAACCAGCAUGGAGUAUUUACAGAGACGUUGACUUUGGUUUUGUCAAACUCACAGCAUUCAACCACUCAUGGCUUUUGUUUGAGUACAAGAAGAGCAGUGAUGGCAAUGUCUAUGAUUCCUUUACCAUCUCAAGAGACUAUAGAGAUGUUUUGGCUUGUGUUUAUGAUGGUUGUGAACCCACAACCUUUACUUCAUGAACAAUUUCUAGAAGAAAAAGGCAAAAAAAAAAAAAAGAGUUGGGUAUGAUAUGAUGUUUUAAGUUGAAAAUAAGUUUUUUUUUUAGAUGCAAAUUAUUUUCUUAUAGUUAUGAGUGUAUUGGAGGUUUUCAUUUAAAAAAUAAAUAAAAGUAUUUCAUUGAA